CCUGCUCUCCCUGCUGGCCCUGAAUGCUGCAGAUGUGAUAUCAGAGGCUUCCAUCCAUGAUGAGGAGCCUCUGAUGCAUUUGCAGUUGCAAAAACCUGAGGGAGACCUUUUCGCCUGCGGAUGUCCCCCCACGGAAGAGCACACGGGUCAGAGCUCCUCUAAUGACACCCCAGCACCAGAGAGGUCACUGUGUCAGCCCUGUGGCACCCCAACAGGUUUGGACUCCACUACUGAGGAUGGUGCUGCUGCUGCAGAAGAGUCUCCUAUAACUGAGGAAGAAGUUUCAGCCGAAGAAGCAGCUAAUGAUGAAGGAGAAUCGGCAGAAGAAGGGAAGGAGGAAGCACCUGCUCAGGAUGAGGUGGUAGGAACGGUGGAGAAAAAAAGGCUAGAGUCUGAGGAGGAAGAGGAGGCUGAAACUUUGGUCGAAGAAAGCACUGGAGAUGAAGAUAAAGCGGAGGAAGAUGUACCAUCUAAAGACACAAAGGAGGAGGUGGCUGAGGCCAAAGAAGAGACCGCUACCACCGAGGAGGAAUCCGUAGAGAAAGAGGAAGGAACCUGGAAUGAGGAAGACGUGAGCAAACUGCUGGAAGUUGAAGUAGUGGAGGAGGAGAAGGCAAAUGAGGAACCUGUUGUGGAAGGGGUGGUUGAGGAAACCGUUGAGGAACCGGUGGACACAGAUGUAGGUGUAAAGCAAGAUGUCUUCCCAGAGGAUGGUAUGAAGGAGGAAACCCCUGCCGAGGAUGACACAGCUGAUGAGGAGGUAACACAAACCAAACAAGAGGUUGUCCUUGAACCAGAAGUCGCAGCAUCUGAUGCUGUUGAAAAAGACCCAAUGUCCGAGCCAACUCAACUACAGCAGGAUGGGCUCUCACAAGCAGAAGCAGAAUCGGGAGAGAUUUCAGAUUCUGAAUCGGAGAGGAUUACAGAAUUGGAUGAAGAAUCAGACGGAUUAUCAGAAUCUGAAUCAGAGAUUUCUGAAUCAGAGGCCAUUCCGGAGCCUGAGCCACAAGUCGAUGAGGAAUCGGAGGCAUUGUCUGAACUCAUUUCAGAGACUGAGACUGACAAAGAUGCCGGUCAGGAAUCAAAGACUGAUUCAGAGGUUGUCCCAGAAUCUGAGUCAGAGUUAGUCCCAGAGCAAGGGGUGGCACCAGAACUGGAGCCAAAACUGGAGGAGGUCCCAGAAUUUAAACCAGAGCUUGUUGUGGAGGAGGUCACCAGUCCUGUGGAGGAAGUUCCGGCAGAAGAGGUUAGUGUGGUCGAAGCUGUCGAGGAUGAGGCUCCUGUGGCGGUGGAGGCGACCGAGGCUUUGGCUGAGGAUGCACCUGUCAUGGUACAGGAAGCGACAGCAGAGGAGCUCACAGUGGAGGAUGUGGCUGACGAUAAGCCCGCUGAGACCCCAGUCAAAGCACCCAUAGGAGAAGCAACAGGCCCGGCAGCCAGAGACCGCUCCCACAUUGAAGAGUCCCUGCGAUUGGCUAAUGCUGAGCCCUCGGCCGAAUUCUCUGCUGCCAUGAAGAAGUUGUUAAAUAUCUAUGACACAGCCAUUAAACCCCUGGAACAGGCCUACAAGUACAAUGAGCUACGACAGCAUGAAGUCACAGAUGGCGAGAUCACUUCCAAGCCCAUGAUCCUUUUCCUUGGACCCUGGAGCGUAGGCAAGUCGUCCAUGAUCAACUACCUGUUGGACCUUCACAGCAGCUCACAGGAGCUCUAUACAGGCGCUGAGCCCACCACCUCAGAGUACACGGUGGUGAUGCACGGUGACAAGGUUCGCACAGUGGAGGGGAUCGUCAUGGCCGCAGACAGCUCACGCUCCUUCUCCCCCCUGGAGAAGUUCGGCCAGGGCUUCCUGGAGAAGCUGGUAGGAAUCGAGAUGCCCCACUCGCUCUUGGAGAGGGUCACCUUCGUCGACACGCCCGGCAUCAUCGAGAACCGCAAGCAGCAGGAGAGAGGCUACCCUUACAACGAAGUGUGCCAGUGGUUCAUCGACCGAGCCGACCUGAUCUUCUUGGUGUUCGACCCCACCAAGCUCGACGUGGGCGGGGAGCUUGAGAUGCUCUUCAGGCAGAUGAAGGGCCGCGAGUCCCAGAUCCGCAUUAUCCUCAACAAAGCCGACAACCUGGCCACCCAGGACCUGAUGAGGGUCUACGGAGCUCUGUUCUGGAGCAUGGCCCCCCUGAUCAACGUCACGGAGCCCCCGCGGGUGUACGUCAGCUCCUUCUGGCCCCAGGAGUACGCUCCCAACACCAGCCACGAGCUCUUCAUGAAGGAGGAGAUCUCUCUACUGGAGGACGUCAACCAGGUGAUCGAGAACCAGCUGGAGAACAAGAUCGCCUUCAUCCGCCAGCACGGCAUCCGCGUGCGCAUCCACGCCAUGCUGGUGGACCGUUACCUUCAGACCUACCACGACAAGCUGGGCUGGUUCAGCGACCCGUACGAGGUGUUUCACGACAUCGUCUCCGACCCGGACAAAUACUACAUCUUCAAGUCCAUCUUGGCCAAGACCAACAUUAGCAAGUUUGACCUGCCCAACAAGGAAGCCUACCAGGACUUCUUUGGGGUGAACCCAAUGGCCGGCUUCAAGCAGCUGUCCCAGCACUGCAGCUGGUCGGGUGGCUGUCUGCUGGAGAAGAUCGAGAAGGCCAUCUCAGUGGACCUCCCGGCUUUGCUCAGCAGCGUUAGCAAGGGCUCGGACACGUCCGCAUCUGCAAAGCAUGCCCAGGCGCCUCCCCCGCCACUCCCCGGCACCUGUGAGGGCCCGGGGUGCGAGGAGAAGCCCAAAAAUCGCUGGCGGAAGCAAUAAGACGGAGAGGAGAGAGGAUUAGAGGUGGAGAGAGGAGGAAAGAAGGAGGCGGAUGCGGAAGCCAGAAGCUUCCCCAAAAACACCCCCCCCACACACACACCCUCACCUGGUUAUUGCAUCUGAUGAGACUGGGGAUGGGGGGGGGAGGGGACUGAGCAGAGAAAGGGGGAGAGAUAAAGAAGGGCAAGCUGUGCAAACCUGGGUCAGACGGCUUUUACGAAUCUUCUCACGGUGCGAAGACGCGUCACAAGUAACAAGCAUCCGUCUGCACCACCUUUAUGCUAGUAUGGUGCAGAGCAGCGCUUACAUGAAGGCCACCUACAUUUCAGUCCACCUGCCGUUCUCUGGCUGCACAGUUGUACGACACUUAUUUACAUAUUUAUAGAUAUUCAAAUGCCAAGUUUAGGGGCGUGACAUGAAGUCGCGGUUGAUCUUGGGAUGCCGUUUGUAUUAUCGUGGGGGGAAUACGAUUCAUGGUGACGUCUAAAAUCUUUCUGAGUCUGUCAAUAAAUGUUAAAUCUUUAUGUA